AAACAGUAUGGAAAAAUGGAAGAUAUUCAGCAAAUGGAAAAUGUGGAGGCUAGAGUCCUAAAAACCCAAGGGAAAAAUGAACAAAGAGACAAGAUAACCAUGAAUAUUGACAGUGAACUGAGUGUGGUUGGAGAUUGAAAGAGUGGAACAAGGAAAGGGAAGAUAGAUGGAAAGGUGCUUUACUACAGAUUUCAAGGUAGGGAAGAAAAAAAGAGAAGAAUGGAUGGAUUUAAGGAGAGAAACUUUGACAAAAACACUACUGAUAACCAAAGAUAAGCUGAUUAAAGAAGCUGAUGGAGGGUUUCCAAAACUUACAGGGGAACAUGUUGAUCUUGUCAUGGCAGUAUAUACUAAAUUAACUAUAUCCAUUGAUUUUCUUUUGUUUUUUUUUAUAUUAUAUGCUUGAAUAUAUAGGAUAUAUUCUUUCACCUAGCACAAAAUGAUAAUACUUUAGUUGACUAUCUACUAGUUGACUAUCUACUACUAAAUGAGUUCAUCAUUUUUAAUCUAAUCUUUGGUCAAGUUCUUGAUUUGUCCUGUGGCUCCCUCAUAUUGACCUUCAUUUAUAAAUAUGUGCUAUUAAUUUUCUUAAUGUUCCUGCCUCCCUGCAGUCUUCUAAUGAAGCAAAAGAAAUUUCUCUACCAUUUCAAGAACAUGAGAUGGGCUAAAGGCCGUCAUGAAACUUACCUUUGUUAUGUAGUAAAACAGCGGAAUAGUGCCACAUCCUGCUCCCUCGAUUUUGGAUAUCUGCGUAAUAAGCCUCUUUAUGAAAUUGAUGACCUGCGAGAUGCUUUCCAAACCCUUGGACUUUAAAUUCCUGCUUGGAAAGAAAUGAAGAUGAAAAGAUGCCAACAUCCAACUUUUCCUCCCAGUUCUUUCUUUCCUACCAUAAGUAUCAAAUUGUGGAAAAAGCAUUUUAAAGAAAAAAAUGGCAAGGUCUUCUGAAUGAACUUUUUUUGCAUACUGGGACUUGUACUCUCUCCUUCAUGG